AUGUCAGUAGCGGAGUCAGAGACCAGAGCGCUCCGCACAGACCUGGAACACACCAACUCCACAGUCACCAGCCAGGAAGCAGACCUAGCCAGCCUCACCACGUGGGUAGACGACCUGGACAACCGCGGCCGCAGGCUGAACCUGCGCAUCCGAGGAGUGAGGGAAGGUGACCCAGCGGAACACAUACCUGACACCCUAAAGAGGUUGUUCGCUCAGGUACUGGGGGGCCAGCAAAUACCCAGACUAGGCAUAGUAAGGGCACACAGGGCGCUGCGACCAAUGCCGCCACCAGAAGAACAACCAAGAGAUAUCAUAUGCUGCCUAGAAAACUACCAAUUGAAAGAAGACAUCCUGCGCACGGCCCGACGCAUGGGAACCAUACGCUUCGAAAAUCAAACCAUAUCGAUUUAUCAAGACCUAUCUAGAUACACCCUGCAAGCCAGAAGAGCGCUACGCCCAGUAACAUCCGCCCUGCAACAGGCAGGAAUACCAUACCGCUGGGGUUACCCAUUCUCACUCUCAGCUAGACACGGCCAGGAUCAACAUACGGUGAAGAAACCAGGUGACCUCCCUGGUUUCCUUCGAGUCAUGGGCAUCCCACCGAUCCACGUACAAGACUGGCUAGCAAGCUCAUUUCUCCAAUCACCGCCUGGACCGCAACAGCCGCGCAGACCAGACCAGGGCCCCCCAAGACUUCAGCAACAGCGACGCAGAGAUUGGAACCCGGGCCCGGCACGACGGGAGCAGGAGAACUAA